GGGCCAAUGGAUGGAGGAAUAACGCCUAGCUCGGAGAGUUAAGACUAUUGAACCUAGUUGUGACUCGUCAACUGUUCUCUUGACAUUGUGCUACGAAAGAAACCAACUAAGUACUUGAGGGUCUUGGCAAGAUUAUGAAGGCCCGAACGUUCUCCCUUGUGUGUCUUUUGGCUUUAUUGUCCCAAACAUAUGGACUUGACAAUGGGCUUGCGCUCACUCCCCCCAUGGGCUGGAUGUCAUGGGAGCGAUUUCGUUGUAAUACGGAUUGCAAAAACGACCCUUUGAACUGCAUCAGCGAGAACUUGUUCAAGACAAUGGCAGACGAGAUGGUUUUAAAAGGGUUCAAGGAUGCAGGCUACGAGUACAUUAUCAUCGACGACUGUUGGCUGGAUCAUCAACGGGACGAGAACGGGAAACUGACGCCAGAUCCCGAGCGUUUCCCGUCAGGGAUCAAGGCCCUCGCUGACUACGUUCACAAUCUGGGAUUGAAGUUCGGUAUCUAUGAGGACUACGGGAACUUUACUUGCGGUGGAUACCCCGGCAUUUUGGGGUACCUUGAGCAAGAUGCCCAGACCUUUGCCGAAUGGGAAGUGGACUACAUCAAGUUGGAUGGAUGUUAUGUGGAUAUCCAUCAAAUGGACACCGGUUAUCCCGACUUUGGGGAUUAUUUGAACAAGACAGGUCGUCCAAUCGUGUACUCUUGUUCUUGGCCUGCUUAUUGGGAGGACGAGGUGCCAGAUUAUCCUAAGAUUGCGCAGUACUGCAACCUCUGGCGGAAUUAUGGCGAUAUUCAAGACAGCUGGACCGAUGUUUUGGACAUCAUUGACCAUUAUGGCGACCAACAAAACGUGUUUGCGCAAUUCGCCGGACCAGGACAAUGGAACGACCCUGACAUGUUGAUCAUUGGGAAUUUCGCUCUGAGCAUGGAACAAUCUAAGCUUCAAAUGGCUGUUUGGGCCGUGCUGGCUGCACCUUUGAUUAUGUCGAAUGAUCUUCGCAAUAUUCGUCCCGAAUUCACGGAGAUUUUGACCAACAGAAACGUGAUCAAAAUCAACCAAGACCCCUUGGGCCAUCAAGGAAGACGCAUGUUCCAGGAUAAGAAGGCACAAAUCGACAUCUACGUGAAGCAAGUCCUCCCCAUGGCCAAUGGAAAUACUUCCGGUGCCGUGGUGAUCAUGUACCGAGGUAACGAUGGAACCCCUGUCGAAGUAGAAUUUACACCGGAACAAAUUGGAUUAUCGCAUUUCAAUGGUUAUACCAUGUUUGAGGUGUUUGAGAAUGAAGAACUGGGCUUGGUGAUGCCAGCCGAGACCGUCAAAGUGAAAGUCAAUCCCAAUGGCGCACAACUUUUGAAGCUGGUUGCCAAUUCGGCACGUAUGUUCAAUGGAGUGGAGUCCUCUUGGCAUCCAAAUGCCAUUGAAUCAGCGGAUUCAUUGUCUAGCAUUAAAGUUUCGUCUAUGGGCAAGACUGGCUGGAAGAGCGACGACGAAUUGUAAAAAGCCAAACUUCGGGCCACGUUAAAAUGACGUUACGAUAUCGUUUUUUUUCAAUCCUUUUAUACGUAGAGAGUUAAAUUAUAUGUAAACAACGUUUUGAGA